UGGGUUCCAGCUCUGAGUGAUGGAUCCGAUGGUGGAUCUAAGCGGAGGUGCAGAGUAGUAGAAUCGAGUAUUGGAGCUGAGUGGAGGAGUAGAGUGCUGAAGUCGAGUGGUGUAUUCGAGUAUACACUAAAGCCCGCGAUUUCUGUUCGUCCUCGAGACGCCAAAGUAAAAGUUUGGCUUGGCGACGCCCAUGAAGGGGCUGGGUAUAAAUUGAACGUGAAACGGGCACCAAAACAAGUGGCACAGCAAAAACGGCCAGACAUUCGGCCUAGCAACAGGGACGAACCGACAGGUCUGUUUUAUAAAUACUCUGCGAGGCCCGGUGUCGACGUGUCGACUGGGCCAAUCACACAAGAAGAGGCACGACAAGUUAUCCUUUCUUCAAAAGCGUCGAAAAAUUCCCAUCCGUCGUCUGACCCACUCAUUGCAUACACUCUGGCAGACUCAUUGGGCCCGCCAAUUGGUUCAACGACCGGAAUGUGCCCCUAUGUCUGUAGCAAGCGCAUACGCACAGGACGUCAGUCCUACAGCAAAUGCGACUUGGCUCGACCUCAAUUUCGGGGCCAAGUCGUAGUUGCCGUGGCGGUUCGAGUAAUGGGCCUGACGACGUUGCACUUACGUCUUCGUUCUGCACAAACCUCCUACUCUUACAUACCAUAUGGGGAAGGAGGGAUAAAAAUAAUGACAACCUGA